AUGAAUGGCCACGGGGAUGACCUGAAAAGCAUCCAAAAGGGCGUUAUCGACUCCGAUAUCAUUGCUAUUCCUCAUAAUCCCCACUCUGCGUCCAGUCAUGAUAGCCGCAUAUCCCUGGAAAGCUCUACGAAGUAUAUGCGAGACGCAAUUUCCUACUCUCCGCCGAAGCCCUGGGGCAAGGAUUUCAAUCCCACCCAUAAACGGCGCAAAGGGUCCGGUGACUUGGGGCUUCCUACUGUUCAGGACGGGAGCCUGACAUCAUUGGCCGACUUUGAAAAUGGGUUGCUGGGGAGCUGGCUAGUUGGCUUCAAAAGACUGAGCCCCCGGUCCCUGUGA